CAUUUUCAUGAUUGAUACUAUAUUUGUUUAUUUGAAAAUCAGUCCAUCAAUAUCUCUAAGCAAGUUUCAACAAAACUUAUAUGUUAACUAUCAAAAUAACAUUAAUAAUGAUAGAUUGACCUAGUGGUUAUUACAUAUCUUUGUUGCUAGCUAGACUUUGCACUCUAUGCUACAUUAUCCUUUUUUCUUUAAAAGAAAAGUGAAUUUAAAUGGAUAUUUAGAUAGAGGUAGCAAUCUAUAUUGCGAGAGAAACAAAAUCGACAAAUAAAGAAAACGUGAAGAAUAUAAACAAUAAAAAUCGAUAAAAAAAAAAAAAGAUUCAUUAAUAGUGUGCUUGCAACAUUUGCUAAUCGAAGAAGAGUGAAAUUUAUUGUUAGAGACAAAAGUAUUAAUAGAGACACCGAUGGAAUGGUAUCUGAAGAUACAUAAUUAAAACCUUAUAAUACCAAAUAACAAAUUCUAAGACGGUAAGACGGAAAGAAAAUGGUGGAUUUGGAAGUGGGAGGCAAAUGCAGUGUUAUGGGUUGAAUUUCCUCCAAAAUGUUUUAAUGAAGAAGGGAUGUCUCAAUAGUCAAAAUCCCCUUUGAGGCGCACUAAUUUGACAACAAAAAGUGUGAUGAUAUAUUGCAGAGGAUUGGGCAAUGGAAGAAGAUAAGAAACUGUCGUGUGUAGCUAAGAGAUUCCUCCCUUCACCAAUUCAGCAACUCUCUCUUCUUGCUCAACAAUGCAACGCUAUAAAUCUCGCUGAAGGAUUUCCAGAUUUUCCAGCUCCCCUCGCCCUGAAAAACGCUGCCGUUUCCGCCAUUAAUUCCGAUUUCAACCAGUACAGGCAUGUUCAGGGGGUAUGUGACGAACUGGCCAAGGUAGUUAAGAAAACUCAUGGGUUGAAUGUUAACCCUCUUACUGAUUUUUCUAUUUGCUGUGGUCAAACUGAGGCAUUUGCUGCUGCUGUAUUUUCUGUGAUAAACCCUGGUGAUGAAGUUGUAAUUUUCGAUCCAUCGUUCGACACAUAUGCAAAUGUUGUAUCCAUUGCUGGAGGAAUUCCUGUAUAUGUAUCACUCGAUCCACCUAAGUGGACUCUUGACACAAAUAAAUUUUUGAAGUCCUUUACGGAUAGAACAAAGGCUAUAGUAUUGAACAGUCCUCACAAUCCAACAGGAAAAGUUUUCUCCAAAGAUGAACUUGAUGCAAUUGCGGGAGCAUGCUGUGCCAAUGAUUGCUUAGCCAUAACAGAUGAAGUUUAUGAGUAUAUAACAUUUGGCGAUGCAAAACAUGUAUCUCUUGCCUCACUUCCAGGAAUGCAGGAGAGGACAAUCAUCACAUCUUCACUGUCUAAAACAUUUUCUGUUACAGGUUGGAGAGUUGGUUGGGCAAUUGCUCCUGCUUUUAUUGCCUCUGCAAUAAGAAACAUUCAUGUUAGAAUUACAGACAGUGCUCCUGCUCCUUUCCAGGAAGCUGCCUUGAUUGCAUUGCGAAGUCCUCCAGAAUAUUUCGAGUCACUACGACGAGACUACGAAUCGAAAAGAGACUUUAUCGUUAAGUUGCUUGUUGAUAUUGGAUUUCAAGUCCAAUUUGAGCCUCAAGGCUCUUUUUUUUUAUUUGUAGAACUCCCCAAAAGUUGCACACUCACUGAUGUUGAUUGUGUUGAAGAAAUGAUAAAACAAGUCGGAGUGGUGGCGGUGCCGGGAUGUGGAUUCUUUCAAACGGAUUCAUCGAGAGAGAAGGGCGUCGACAAAGAUUAUAGCUAUCAAAAUAGAUAUAUCAGGUUUGCUUUCUGUAAAAGUCAUGCCACUUUGACUUCUGCUGCACAAAAACUCAAUGAAGCAAAUUUUGAGUUUCUCAAGAUGCAUUGAUUGAUUCCAGUGAGCAAGGUGGUUGUUAGUUUGCAUGAAAUAGAACAUUGGAAUGAAUAAGGCCGUUUCAACGUGGCUGUCUCGUAAUAAUGAUGGGAUGUGAAUUAAAAAACUUAAGAUAUUCUAUCCAUUUUCUAGGGAAGAGAGUUUGUUUUCCCAAUUCUUUAGGAAAGCAAAUGGGCUUGUAUAAGUAGCCCAAGAACAUGUUGCAAAGAUUGUGAGCCUAUAAGGCAUAUAUUUAUGAUGAUUAGGGAUUGUUUAACAACAGUUUCUUUCUUCACUUCA